AUGAAGAACUACGAUAAAAUUAAACUAUUCGGCAUUCAGGAGGAGUUCUUGGUCGUAUGUUUAUCUAUCUUGUGUGCAUUUGGCAUACCUCCAGCAGCCUUUCUCAUACUUUUGUCUGGGUUGUUUUAUGAAAUGAACAACAGUCGAAUACAAGAUAAAGAAUUGUUUCGUUGCAGAAUGGAAUGA